GGUGGUUUAUGCCUACUAGUUGAAGUAUGAUGCCUUUUUGAGUUGCCUAGCAUGUGCACAAUACUAAAAUGGCAAAAAUUAUAUUUGAUUCCUGGAGCAUUUAAUAUCCUAUGCUUAUUUGUAUAACUUAUUCAGAAUUGUUCCACUGAUCAGACUAAAUAAAGUAAAUAGAUAACAUCUCCUGAAGACAAGAUGACUUAAAUCUGCCCCUACACCCUAACCAAAUUAUGUUUCUAGUUAUUGUGCCCCCUCUAGAAUCAAACGUACACUUUUGGGUUCACAAUCUGUUUGACAAAAUUAUUUUCAUAGUUACAAUCAGGUCACCUAAACCAAACUUCCCUGCUAAAACAUAUUGUAGGUAUGUCUGCUGCCUUUUCGUUGUCACAGCCUAAAUGCCAAUCGUCAAACGAGGGGACUAAUAGAAGUGUGGAUUAAAUCGGUAUUAGUACAUGCUGUGCCAAAAGGCUGCAUUCUGCAAUAAGGACGGGAGUAAAAGCAACCUAAUUUUGUUGACAACAUUGCACAUAAUACUAUUUUUACAGUUUUAUAAACUCAGCGGAGAACGUUCUCGCUCUCCAUUCAGCGCCACUCUAAUCUUGAGGGGCGUUUCUUUAAAACAUGCAUCCAAUCCCCUUGAUCCCUUACGUAACCAGACAAAUAAUUUGCUUCAAUGUGCCGCGGUUCACAGGGCUGUGGCAGCACUCACGAUAGAGGUUCCGCUCGUGAUGUUAAAUUGCAGGCGCAGCUGUUCCGAUUUCAAAACCAUUUGGAGCUCAGUUGAAAAGUUAACGCGCUGACUAUACAAUGGACGAAUUAGAAAAAUAAAAGUAGUACUUUUCAAUGCGUGAGAUAUAAGAGGUGUGCGGUGUGAGCGUGAGAAGAGGGUCAAUGCGUGUGUCUCACGGCCAACGCGUGAGAGUUGGCAGCUCUAUAAGACUCGGACAUUCUGAAAUACACUGAAAAAUGUAGUGUGCAUGUAGUACCCAUAUUACAGCAUAUGCACACACUAAUCACAAGACACCAGAAGAUGGCGACAGAGGAAAACAAAUAAAAAAUAAAGUCUACUGCAUGUUCUAAAUACUUUUUGAUUCACCAGUCGACCUUGACCUACAGCAGUACGCCUAUAUGCUCUAGUCUAGCUAGAUACAUAGAGACAGGGAGAAAGAAAGACAAGGGAAAAUAACUGUAUAGUCCUAAACAUAAACACAGACUGUCCAUGUCUUCUUUCUAACGGGCAGAGUGCUAAUUAACAACAAUCUAAAUUUCAUGAUUGAGCAAGCUGUCGGCCACGGAGCUGCCAGAUCUACCAGGGUGCUGGGCUGGAGCUGAGACGUCCGCCUCCCGCCGUGCUGAAACAGCACCGCAGGGCGCAUUAAGAAGAGAGCCAACCCUGAAUCCAACACACUUAAUUAUCAUAUAAUGCUUAAUCAUCCGAGGUCCCCAACGGCGAAUAAACAAGAACCAAGAGCAUCAGAAAACAGGCAAAUUAGGCUACUAUAAAGCUUAAGCGAUUAGGGCACUGUGUGAAUUCCAACGUCCAAGUUGCUUGGGCCUCUCGACGUAAUACUUUAAAACGGAUGAAAAAGAAAGAUCAAUGAAUUCAUUUUCAGUAGUCUGUGGGAUUAGAGGAGGGCAUUGAUCAAAACUGUAACAUCUCGGUAAUCUGAUUUCGGGGUAGGCUAACCUUGUCAAAGCAUUUUAAAUAUUUAAAAUAGGCCACAUUUUAACAGUUUGUGGACACAUUUUAACAGUGAAAACCUCUUUCUAAAGUUAAAUGUCUGAACUAAGUAGCCUAUGCCUAAUUUGUUGUUUUUUACCAUUAUAAAAAUGUUACCCUAAUAAUGAUGAGAUCCAUUUCAUCAAACAAAGGCUUGGCCUAGCCUAGCCUACUAAUAGGCUAUGUAGUCUAGAAUAAAUACUACAAACGUAGGCCUAAAAUAAAAAAUAUUUGAGGUGUUUUAAAAUACAAAACUGAUUGAUAAAUAGCAUAACUGUGACUCAAUUUGGCUCGGGCUGUUAACACUCUCUGCACAGACACCUCUUAAUUCCCAAGGUGGCCCUUGUCAAGCGCGCAUCAAAAGGACGCGCCAGUUCUCACGCUAAGCCGCUUUGAUUCGUUUCUAGGGACGCUCCCCAAACCACGAACCAACUCCGCACGACCAGCGCGAUACUCUUCCCCAGGGAUAAAAGUGAUUCGCUUCUCUAAUCUCUUAUCAGCGUUCCCAGCUUCGCGUGGAGGGCAGAGGAACCCCCUCUUUCCCGCUAUGGGCGGGUUGUGUCUCCGCCUCCAACUCUCGUCUCUUCUCAAUGCAGUGAGCAUCACCGCCCUUCUGCCGCGGAGAUAGCGCGCUGGUCUCACCAGGGAAAACGGACACUGAGAUAUUCCCAUCGUUUGCGCGUCAAAGACCGAGAGGAACAGAUAGCCAGUGGAGAUAGGGUCCUGCAUCCCUAAUGAAAAAAGCAAUAGUAUCUCUCUCAUUAUCUUAUGACCUUAACUGACAAGGUAGCCUACAGAAUGAUAUGGUCUGAUUCUAAAUGUUGACAAAUUAUGGCCUUUUGUUAAAGUACAGUAGGCCUUUAAAGGCUGAAUAAAUUAAGUAGGGAUUGGCCUACCUCACCUAGCCAUAUCAUUCGGAUAAGGGGAUAUUUUUUGAUAAAACCUGGACUAAUGAACACAAAUUGUUUUGAAAUUAUAGGAUUCAAACAUAAGAGGUGUGGAGAGGCCACAAUUGUGUUUUCUUGUAGAUAAUGCGCGCUAGAUAAUGGGUCAGUUUUUUCCCAAUCCGAGUCACUGUAACCAGUUUAAUUGACAAAAUUGUUGUUUUUUUAAUCACAAAUUGUAAAAUAAUUACGAUUUCUGAUAAGGAGUCUUAUACUCAAGGGGAGCCUUCAUACGCCUAUUCUAAUGGAGUUGGUGAAACAUUGGCGCGACACGUUACGUGGUGACUAAUUGGCGGUUGAAAGGAAGAAGAGCUGCCUCUCAAAUUAAACAGCUUAAUCGCGCGGUUAAAAUUCAUUACUGCGCGCACAGCUUGCAGCCCCACAAAACAAAUGAGAGAGAAGGUAAAGUGCAUCAAAUUGACAGAUUAAGGCAACAGCCUUCUUAUGCUAAAUUACGUGACAUGCCAACAGAACAGAACGCCAAAAGAAUCCUGUUUAAAAACAGAAGGAUAAUUAAAAUCCGAAUAAAGGAUUCCCAGAAAGGUUAGGUGUUGGGAGGCAAAUAAUUAAUUAAUUACGAGUUGCGCUUUGCAACUCUGCUUGCACAGGGAGUCACUCUGUUCUAAUAAACAUGAUUUACAAUAACGACCUAUCCCUGUUGUAUUUAUAGCAUAUUCGUAUACAAUGACAUUAUUAAGAUUAAGCAAAAAUGUUAUGGGAAAUUACUUACCUUGCCAUUUUCAACAAUAUUUGAUCAAAUUAUGUAGCCUACAUCCACAAGGGUAAGUAGCCUAACCUGGAGGUCAAUGUGCUUUUCCUUGCUUUUGGCUAGUUUAUUAAACACGUCAUGUUCCUAAAGGACAGUCAUUUUAUUUGCAGCAACAGUCUACGAGAGAGUUCUGGCAUCUCGUUAUCACAGAGAAAACGUAUUGAAAAAAUCACAAACCAUAUACCUUAAUUGCAUGGUCAGUGUUUUUUUUUUGUUAUACAUAAGUCAAUGUAAUAUGGAUGGAUAAUGACAAGUUUUAGGACAUCUUCUGAUCCGUUUUUGCAAAUCCUAAAUCACUAGGCUAGAUGUAGUCUAACGAUCGGCUAUAAAGGAUGGGAUGAUAACAUGUAAAGUGUGUGAGCGAUUCAUAAUAAUUAACUCCACAUUAGUAAUGACUUUGGAACUGGAUAGCCUCAUUAACGCUCGCGCUUCACCCCACCUCUCCACUGUCGGUGCUGAUUGGACAGGGCUUGGCCACAAACUGUGACUUCACAAAAAAAACUGAAGGCGACCCCAAAGAUAAAAAAACAAGGCACGCUCAUUGAAGUGACAGUGUCCUCCGUCCCUCUCUCCUGUCAGUAGUCACCUCGCCCGUGCGCCAUUUAUCUGAAAGGGACCACGAGCGCUCGGGCACUUUAAAGUGGACUCGGGAACCGUUCCAUUCCGGCGUAAAGAUGCCUAGAGGAUUUUUAGUGAAGAGGAACAAACGUGGCUCAGCGGCUUCUUACAGAACGCGUAACGACGACAACUUACUGCCAAAAGCGGACCUGCCUGUGAAGGCACCGGAGUGGCCAACCGGUGUGCCAACUGCGUGCCCAAUUGUGCCGUUAUCCGAGGACGGUAGAUUUAGAGAGCCAUGGACCAGUGCCCCGGCAGAAUCGGACCAGGCGCAGCUGCCAGAGAGCGCAGACAAGGUGGAGAUCAGAGAGGAAUACCCACCAAACCAUCCUCCCACUGAACCGGUCCAUGACGGGUCUCCGGGCCGGGCUGACCUCUCCUAUAGCCCGAUAAAACCAGUUGGCACCGAACUGGAAAAAUCGUCCAUUGACCGGUGUAUGAGUUCACCAACAGUGACAGAGCCGUACCCAAUGAACACGCCCGUGUCCUCAGUAGAGAGACUUCUUCUAAAUCACGCGCCAUUUGGACACUCUGAAAUGAAAUUCGACCCACCUGUGCACCUCUACCAGUCUUUCCAUCAUGCUAUGAAACGCACAUACAUGGAGCAGGAGCGCAAGACAAAGCCAGCAGCCAAAAAGCCUAAAGUGAUCCGGAAACUCAGCUUCGAGGACGAAAUCUCCACCUCACCCGUGCUUGGGCUGAGAAUUAAGAAGGAGACCCCCGAAUUUAAAGCAGCAACAGCAUCUUCUGCUAAUAAGAAACCGCUGGGAGAAUUCAUCUGCCAGCUCUGCAAGGAGGAAUACCCUGACCCGUUCUCCCUCGCACAACACAAGUGCUCCAGAAUUGUGCGCGUAGAGUACCGCUGUCCCGAGUGCGACAAAGUUUUCAGCUGUCCUGCCAACCUGGCCUCUCAUCGCAGGUGGCAUAAGCCUCGUCCGGUAAACAACGGAGAGGCACAGAGCGCCAAAAAGUCACAACCGGAGGCACGGCUGCAUGAGAGGACAUUCGUGGAAGGGAAAGAGAACGCGAGCGAGUUGAGAGUUAACAAUCAGCACCUUGUCUCUCUGGACAGCUCCGCGUGUCAGCGGGCGGUCACCGUGGACAGCUCCCACAGACAAGAGCAGCUGCGCAGGAGGGCACAAGAGAGCCCGCCGCCCUUCGAUCCCCGCUACCGUGACCCAGAUAAAAGUAUGGACCUGCACAUGAGAGCGGGUGAAAGCCCACGCAUAAUGCAUUGUCUGGAGACCACCGACGUGGCACUGCCCACCUCUUCCUUCUUAAAGACCUCCGGGACAGUAGAGGAGAUUUACGAAUGUCACUAUUGCAGCAAGAAGUUCCGAAGACAAGCCUAUCUGAGGAAACAUCUUGCGGCGCACGAGACAAUCAAAGCCUCGCCCUAUAACCAGAUAGAGAGCGGACAAAUCACGUUUCCCUGUCACUUGUGCGGUGCCCAUUUCCCAUCCACUGAAAUUCGGGACAAGCACAGAGUUUGGCAUGCAAUGAGAGACGACCUUCUAAUGAAUCCAGGGAAGAGUGUGGGUAGACCAGACUUGAUAAUACCAGACUUAAUAAGACCAGACCUCACACAGGGAGAUCAACAGAUAUUCACCUGUAAGCACUGCCCAUCUACCUUCUUCAGUUCUCCCGGGCUUACCAGGCAUAUCAAUAAGUCUCACCCCACAGAGAACCAGCAGGUGAUGCUUCUACAGAUGGCAGUCCGGCCCGACUGCUAGUAGCCUAGUCUAGGCUGAUGUAGGCAAGUUUAGGCCAGGGUUUCCCAAACUCGGUCCUUGGGGCACGUUUUGUUUUUUGACCUAGCACUACACAGC